CUUGUACCCCAGAGUUUCGGGGAGCGCAGGCGGUUGGCCGCCCCACCCAGCCAGCCCAUCCUCCCUGCUCCCUGGGGCCCUGCCGCCACGCGGCUUCCGGCUAGGGUGGACCUCCGGUCUAGCCGGCAAGCCGGAGGGAGAGGCGACAACGUGGCUUGGAGGCAAUGGCCCUGGCCUCUUGUGUCCCCUUCUCUCACCUGCCCAGACUUGCCCUCUUUGAAGGUCGCCUGGGCUAAGGAACCUGGAAGGACCCUGGGCGGGGAGUGAGGGGAGAGGAUCACAGCUCCCUGGUUGGGGAAGGCGGGUUUUGCUGGGGAGCAGCUUUGGGAAAUCCGGGAUUAGGACACUGUGUGAAGGACAGGUGGCUCUGGUUAGGGGGAGGGGUGUCCCUGCAAGGAGGUGGGAUGGGAGGCCCCAGGGAGUUCUGGGACAGGGAAGGGCCUUAGUGUUGGGGGGCAGGGGUAUUAGGUCUCGAAUCUGAGUGUUUCUGAGUGGAGCCUCAGAGGCAGGGCUCCGCAGGCUGGGACCUUGCCCCUGCAGUCUGUCGGCUUAGUUGUGCAGAGGGAGGGGCCAGUGGGCAGAAGGGAGAAGUUUGCCCUGCCUGCCAGCUGUCAUGAGGCUGGGCCACACAGGCCCAGGCCAGGGGCUAAGGACUUGGUUAGGACUGGUUGAGCCCUCACUUAGGAUCAGAUCUCCAGUUGCAGAGCGUGACGGGCUCCUUCCUCACUGACCUGCAGCCAGCUCCUCUCAGCUUUCAGGAUCCCACCUUCCUUAUCACCAGCACCUGAAGGCCAACUGAGGCCCCCUGCUCCCAUGGCCAGCCCUGGAAAGCCUGGGGCUGAUGAGGCCCAGGAGGAGGAGGGGGAACUUGAGGGGGGCUCUGCAGGGCCACAGGCUGCAAUGCUGGAGCAGGCCCAGGAGCUGUUUCUGCUGUGUGACAAGGAGGCCAAGGGUUUCAUCACCAGGCACGACCUGCAGGGACUCCAGAGCGACCUGCCCCUCACACCAGAGCAGCUGGAGGCGGUGUUUGAAAGUCUGGACCAGGCUCACACUGGCUUUCUCACUGCCCGGGAGUUCUGCCUGGGCCUAGGGAUGUUUGUGGGGGUGGAGUCGGCCCAGGGAGCGACCCCCCGCAGGACUCCCGAGGAGACCUUUGAGUCGGGCUGGGGCUGGCUCGACGUGCAGGGCACGGGGGCCUCUCUGGAUGAGGAGGAGGAGGAAGAGGAGGAGCGAUUCCACACUGUGUUGGAGCAACUAGGGGUGGCCCCGGUCCUGGGCGAGCAGCGGGCUGUGAGGACGCUCUGGGCCCGGCUGCAGCGCGAGCGCCCCGAGUUGCUGAGCUCUUUCGAGGAUGUUCUGAUACGCGCCUCAGCCUGCCUGGAGGAGGCGGCCCGGGAGCGCGACGGCCUGGAGCAGGCGCUGCGGAGGCGCGAGAGCGAGCACGAGAGGGAGGUGCGCGCUCUGUACGAGGAGACCGAGCAGCUUCGCGAGCAGAGCCGGCGCCAGCCGAGUCAGAACUUUGCCCGCGGGGAGCAGAGAAGCCGCCUGGAGCUGGAGCUGCAGAGCCGCGAGCAGGACCUGGAACGCGCGGGCCUGCGGCAGCGGGAGUUAGAACAGCAGCUGCAGGCCCGGGCUGCGGAGCACCUGGAGGCGCAGGCCCAGAACUCCCAGCUGUGGCGGGCGCACGAGGCGCUGCGAACGCAGCUGGAAGGGGCGCAGGAGCAGAUCCGCAGGCUGGAGAGCGAAGCGCGAGGCCGCCAGGAGCAAACCCAACGAGAGGUGGUCGCCGUCUCCAGGAACAUGCAGAAAGAGAAAGACAGCCUGCUACGGCAACUGGAGCUGCUCAGGGAACUGAACACACGGCUGCGGGAUGACAGGGACGCCUGCGAGGCCAGGCGGGCAAGUGGCAGCCGCAGGAAGGCUCUGACGACUGCCCACCUGCCUGGGCCCACCUGCUGCUGCUGCUGCUGCUGGGCUCGGCCCCACAGACGCGGCUCUGGCCACCUUCCCAGUGCCCGGUGACCAGCUCCGAGUGACUCAGAGCAUCAGCUAGAAGCUGCUCUUCUGGGAGGCUUGUCAUGGGUAGGGGGUGCCCACUCAGGAUGUGGGCUCUCCCCAGGGGGCCCCAGGAUCGCCUGACUGAAGAACUGAAGACAUGAAGGACCUAGCCUGGGAGUGGUCAGGGUCCAGGGAGUGGUCAGGGUCCCGUGUGCCCUCUGCCAGUCUUCGCUCUGUCCCCAAGCAACCCCAACUCAGUUCAGCAGAAAACCCCCCUCAUCAAAUAAAACCUACUGACUGCA